AUGAAUAUACAAACAUCAUUGAGAUCAGCAUUAAGACAAUCGGAAAGUUUUCGAGCUUUACGAGGCUUCUUUUUGAUGAUGACAAAGUAUGGCAAAAUUGUUUACAUAUCCGAUAAUGCAAGCGACUAUCUUGGUCAUUCAGUGGCAGAAAUAAUGUGCCAAGGUGAUUCGGUAUACGACAUAGUCGAUCAUCAUGAUCAUGGACGUAUACAAGUAGAACUCAUGUCUGGUCCAUCAUCAGUUUCAGAUCAAAAUUUUUCUUCCAAUGAAAGAGUUUUCAUUUGUCGGAUGAAUCUAUCACGUACCACAAAACGACAACUUCAAUAUCAUAAGUACAUCCUAAUGGAAGGUCGUUAUCUUCAUGCUAGUGAUUAUUACAACACACAUCAAUCAUUGCCGGCUUCCUUAUUCCAUACUCAACCGUUGUUUGCCGUUUACUGUGAAAUGCUUAUCAAUCCGGAAAAUGUUGAGAUGCUAUCUGCCGGAAAUACAUCAAUCUUCAGCACCGUACAUUCAAUGGACUUAAAAUUUGUGCAUAUCGAUCAUAUGACUGUACACUAUUUGGGCUAUAAAAAUGAAGAAUUAAUUGGCAAAUCGUGGUAUCAAUUUUUGCAUCCCGAUCAUUUAUUUGAAGUUGCUUAUAAACAUCGUAUUUUAAGUCAGCGCAAAGAUGGUGCCUUAAUGUGUUUAUUACGAUUACAAGCAAAAAAUGGUCUAUGGCUUUGGUUACAUACUGUAUUUACCGUAAAGAAUGAUUUAUGCCAACAAUCAGAAUUUGGAAAAAGAAUGCGACAUCUCAUUUAUAUUACUUACCAAGUUUUAAAUGAAAUAGAAGCACUUUCAUUGCAAGGUAAUUUAUGGAUUUAUGGAAUCCGGAAUGAAUUAAUGAUAGCAUCUUUCGAUCGUGUCAUCAAUGUUCAUGAAAAUAAUUUCAUCAAAGAGAUGCAAAUAUCAAAGCAAUAUGUUCCACCAACACUCGCCUCAUUGUUGACAGUCAAAAAAGAGCCAUCGCCUGGUGAUAACAAUGAAUUAAAUCACUUUGGAGAAAAUUUCAAAGAAUUGAAUAAAAAUGAAUCAAACAUUACUGAUUUGGAUUUUGGUAAUGAUGAUGAGAGUAGUGAGUUAGAAGCUUUACCAGAACUAUGCUUGGAGCGAAAUAAUAUCAAAGGACCGUUACCCGAUCUUAGCGGUGAUCUGGAUAAAUUUUUUGAGGAAAUGGAACAUAGCAAAAUGCAAUCAAUUCAUCAUCCAAUAAUGAUCAAUUUACCGGAAAAUGUAAAAUGUAUUAGCGAUCAAUUAUCACCUACAUUACCAUUCGAUACCUCUUCUUUAAGAUCAUGCAAUCGUAAAAUGCCUACAAUAGCAAAACUUCUACAAGGACAUUUUGAUGAUGAUGAUAGCUAUGAAAGUAUCCGUAAACGAACACGAACGGAUGUACCCAUCAUUCCGUGUUCGAACGUACAACUGAUAGAUAACUUGGAUGUGCAGCUAAUUAUGUAA